AUGGGAGGCGCUGUAGCGGACGUCAGGUCCAAGGACCAGCUGGAUGGAGUGUUAGGUGGCGGUGGCUCUGUGGUCCUCCACUUCUGGGCUUCGUGGUGCGAGGCGUCCAAGCAGAUGGACCAAGUCUUCUCCCACCUCUCCGCUGACUUCCCCAGCGCUCGCUUCCUUAGGGUCGAAGCUGAAGAACAACCCGAAAUUUCAGAGUGUUAUUCAGUUAGCGCUGUACCUUUUUUUGUCUUCUGCAAGGAUGGUAAAGUCGUUGACAAAUUAGAGGGUGCAAACCCCCCCAGUUAAGCUGAAAAGAUCUCUAAAGUUGUGGGACCUAAGAACCGUGGGGAACCUGGCGGAGGGGAAGAUGGAGCUCCUCCUUCAGAAGGCCCUGCAUCAAACCACCCCAGUGACUCCCUCAAGAACCGGCUGCAGCAACUUGUGGACUUCCACCCUGUUUUCCUCUUUAUGAAGGGAACCCCGGACCAGCCGAAGUGUGGGUUCAGCCGCAAGGUAGUAGACAUUCUCAAGGACGAGGGAGUUGACUUUGGAAGCUUUGACAUUCUCACGGACAACGACGUCCGCGAGGGGAUGAAGAAGUUCUCCAAUUGGCCGACCUUUCCCCAGCUCUUCUGCAAGGGGGAGCUCCUCGGCGGCUGCGACAUUGCGGUCGCCAUGCACGAAAGCGGUGAACUUAAGGAGGCGUUCAGAGACCAUGGGCUUCUCGGCGUUGACUCUGGAGCAGCAGCAGCAGCAGCAACAACAGUAGUCUCUGAAUCGGAGAACCCUCCCCAAGCGGCCACCGAGGAGAAAUCCGUGGAGACGACCUCUGAUGCAAGCGGUGCCCUCAAUUCUCGUCUGGAGGAGCUCACCAACAGAAGCUCCGUCAUGCUGUUCAUGAAAGGAACCCCAGAUGAAUCCAGGUGCGGCUUCAGCCGCAAGGCCGUUGAGAUUCUUCGACAGGAGAAGGUCGAGUUUCAGAGCUUCGACAUCCUCUCCGACAACGAAGUCCGACAGGGGCUGAAAGUCUUCUCCAACUGAUCGAGCUACCCACAGCUUUACAUAAAGGGGGAGCUCAUCGGAGGGUCCGACAUCAUGUUGGAGAUGCAGAGGAGCGGCGAGCUGAAGACGACUCUCACCGAGAAGGGCGUCCUGCCCGGAGAACAAACCCUAGAGGAGCGGCUCAUAGACCUGGUCUCCUCCUCGCCGGUGAUGCUCUUCAUGAAGGGCUCUCCUGAUGCACCGCGCUGUGGGUUCAGCUCCAAGGUGGUGAGUGCCCUCAGAGAGGAAGGAGUUGACUUCGGGUACUUCGACAUCCUGACCGACGACGAAGUGAGGCAGGGCUUGAAGACCUUCUCCAACUGGCCCACUUUCCCUCAGCUCUACUACAAGAGCGACCUCAUCGGCGGCUGUGACAUCGUCUUGGAGCUGCACAAGAACGGGGAACUGAGAGCCACUCUCACUGAGUAG